UUGAAAAUGCUCGAUAGAUGUAUACUUACAAUUUUAAUAUUCUGUAUUAUUUUCAAUGUAUGAUGGCAUUUAUAUGAGUCUAUUAAAAAACGAUCAGAUUGUAAAUUUAUAUCGUAAACAUGUUUUACAAAUGUGUUUAACUGAAUAUUUUUAUAAACGUAAUUGCAUAAUAAUCGUUCGACAGUAGGUAUGCUUAGCGCGACAAAUAUGCUAUUGCAUCUUAAUGUAAAACCGGUUUGACUGCUUUAGGAUCACUUUACUAUGUUGCUUUCAUCUAAAAUCAGUUGCCAGCAUCCAGGUCUAAAGGAAUAAAUGAUUUUGCAUUAUAAUAUGUAUAGAAAUUUUAAAAUUUUAAAAUCUCAAGAUGUCAAACGGAAUAUCGGGCGGACAACGAGCUCUUUAGUUGCUUGCAUCGAGCUUGAAUUAGCAGCUAUAGUCAAAGCUGGUACAUGGAAAAACGAACGCAUAAUUGCCUCGCCUCAACGAACGAAGAUCGUACUAUCGAAUGGGAAGAAAGCGCUCAAUUUUUGCGCCAACAAUUAUCUGGGCCUUGCGGAUAACAGGGAUGUUAUUAACGCAGGAAAGAUUGCACUGGAUAAAUAUGGUGCGGGUUUAAGUUCCGUGAGAUUUAUAUGCGGAACGCAAGAGAUACACGUCGAAUUAGAGAGGAAGCUCGCCAAAUUCCAUGGCAGGGAAGAUACGAUACUUUACGCGUCCUGCUUCGACGCGAAUGCUGGUAUCUUUGAAACUCUAUUAACUGCUGACGACGCGGUGAUAAGUGACGAGCUAAAUCAUGCGUCUAUCAUCGAUGGGAUAAGACUGUGCAAAGCGAAAAGAUACAGGUAGCUCUGAUUCAGCUGCGACUUCCCAGGUAGCAGACAGUCGUCAUAAUUACGUGAUU